AUCUGACCACAAUUCUAAAUUCCAGCAUGCAUUAUCAAACUCUUGGUGUAUAUUCUGAGGCUUAUCCAAAAUGAUUACUACUGGGUUUGCAUUAUGUUGGAUGUGCAUUAAGACCUAUCUAUUGAAAAAGGAAUGGGCAUCAUAGCUACAAAUAUUUGUUCUGGGUGAGGGAAUCCUUGGUGAAAGUUAUCCACUUCUUCAAAUCCUGUUUCAAGAUUCAGUCCUUGUUGAUGGUAGAUAAUAUCCUUUGUUUCGGAUCAUGAGGUGGUUCUAUUUUUAUUUGUCAUUGUUAGAGGAGCUGAGGUGUUCCUUGCAAGAUUCUGAAUCCUUCAGAAUUGCCUUCUACUAGAAAUUUCUGGUGGCAGGUUAUGGAUCAAAUUUGUCAAACAGGAAAAGCUGAUUUCAACACCAUCUUUUUGCUUCAAGUAUAUUCCCACUCCUGCAAGAUGAAUACUGCUGACUCGUGUGCAUCAUUAUUGUAGAUAAACGUGUUGCAGAUGAGUUCCUCCUCCUAGAAUCUGUAAUCAGUUCAUCAUUUUUAUUCACUUGUGACUUCUUGGAUUAUUAAAUUUUUUUGUACGAACAUGCAUAUAUUCAAUAUUUGAUAUUGUGUACGAGGCAAAUUUUGCAGAUUACAACCUGAUACUUCUAUUGGUAGUGGUAAGCUUGUAGUGUUUCUGUAGCAGACACGUUUUCAAUCAAAGAAAUUGAGACCCGGAAAUUUUUCCAUUGCUGGCUCAUAACACCAAUGCAUGAAUUUUAUUUAUGGAACCAUUUAUCUCAAUCUAUUGGUUAUCAAUUGUGAUUUGUGGAUUUAAUUAAACUAUUUCAGAAUGACAUGAAUAAGGGAAUUUUUGUGGGUUGACAAAAGUGUUUAUGGUUAAACAAGAAUUGUGAGUUUGAUGCAUUAAAAGGAACUUAUUCAAGGGGAGGAAAUUAAUAAAAUUUUUUGGGUGAUGGCUGGAGAAAUUAUGGGUCAAGAACCCAUGCAAGUGCCAUGGGUUUAUAUGAGUUAAAACCAAAUUCCAUACAGAGAGCUUGUGGAUGUGGAUGUGGAUGUGGAUGAAUUCAGCAGCAGCUUCAUGAUGCAAUAUUUUCCUGUACUUACCAUAGUGAUGAAUUUAUUAUGAUAUAUAAUAUAAAUACUUUUGCAUCGGUCUGCUUUUCAGCUUAGUUUCUUUUGGUUGCAGGCUUGAUCAACUAUAAAGGGGCGGAGGUGAAUUCAUGCCUCUGGUAUGUGCCUAUUUCCCCUCCCUUGUAUAUCAAAAUUGCAGGUGUUAAAUUGAUGGCGCACACCACCGAAACACUUGCCACCUCAGGAGGAGGGAAAGCACCGGGGAAACCAAAAAAUUUGGGUGCCAUCCUGAACCAAUCUUUAUAUGGUUCUGUGUGGUUCAGCUUGCAUUCGUACCCUUUCCUGUGAUAAAUUCUGGUUGAAGAGGUCAGUUUUAUGGGAAUUCUAUUCAUAUUAUGUCUC